AUGAUGCAGAAAUACCUGUUGUCCUUCGUGCUGGCAGGCAACCCGAACACUGUGUGGCCCGAUGACAAGUUAUAUUGGCCGCAGUACAACGAUCCCAGUUUGGGGACGCAGAUUGUGACCAACGAGACGUUCUCUGUCGAUGAGUAUGCGCUGGCCAACGCGAAGAGUGUGCACUGGGACAAAAAGUUCUGA